CUAAAACCCUCAUUCUACCCUACGUACUAGUUUCUUUCGUUUGAGUCGGUGUCUGCCUGCAGCCUCCAACAAAACAGAGUCUAUAAGAUUCAUUCAUCACAUAACCGCAAAACCUUCGCUCGCGUUCACAACACAAACCCUAGAAGCCAACGUUUUUCAGGGUUGUUAGAGCACGAUGGUUCAGUAUAAUUUUAAGAAGAUCACUGUGGUGCCAAAUGGGAAGGAUGUCGUCGACAUCAUCCUCUCUCGCACCCAGCGUCAGACACCAACCGUUGUGCACAAAGGAUAUGCUAUUUCACGGCUUCGCCAAUUCUACAUGCGCAAAGUGAAGUAUACUCAGCAGAAUUUUCAUGACAAGCUCUCCACAAUAAUCGACGAGUUCCCCAGGCUCGACGAUAUUCAUCCUUUCUAUGGCGAUCUCCUCCAUGUGCUCUACAAUAAGGACCACUACAAGCUUGCUCUUGGCCAAAUUAACACUGCCAGGAAUCUCAUUGGUAAGAUUGCCAAAGACUAUGUGAAGUUGUUGAAGUAUGGUGACUCGCUGUAUCGGUGCAAGUGUCUUAAGGUGGCUGCUCUUGGCCGCAUGUGCACUGUGAUCAAGAGGGUUGGCCCGAGUUUGGCUUAUCUAGAACAGGUCAGACAGCACAUGGCUAGGCUUCCCUCUAUUGAUCCAAAUACGAGGACUAUCUUGAUCUGUGGAUAUCCCAAUGUUGGCAAGAGCUCGUUCAUUAACAAGAUUACUAGAGCUGAUGUGGAUGUGCAGCCCUAUGCUUUCACUACAAAGUCUCUCUUUGUGGGUCAUACUGAUUAUAAAUACCUGAGGUACCAAGUAAUUGAUACACCAGGGAUUUUGGACAGGCCUUUUGAAGAUCGUAAUAUUAUUGAGAUGUGCAGUAUCACUGCUCUAGCACAUUUGAGAGCCGCGAUAUUGUUUUUCUUGGACGUGUCUGGGUCUUGUGGUUACAGUAUUGCUCAGCAGGCAGCUCUGUUUCACAGCAUCAAGUCUUUGUUUAUGAACAAGCCGUUGAUUAUAGUCUGCAACAAGACUGACUUGCAGCCACUUGAGGGGAUAUCUGAGGAAGACAUGAAGUUGGUCAAUGAGAUGAAAGCGGAAGCCUUGAAGACUCUAGUUGGUCAAGGUGGUGAGCCUACAGACAAUAACAGUGUAUUGUUGACCAUGAGCACUUUGACAGAAGAAGGGGUAAUUGCUGUGAAAAAUGCAGCAUGUGAGAGGUUAUUGGAUCAGAGGGUGGAGAUAAAGAUGAAAUCAAAGAAAAUUAAUGACUGCUUGAACAGGUUUCAUGUUGCAGUACCAAAGCCUCGUGACCAGAAGGAAAGGCCUCCAUGUAUUCCUCAAGCAGUUUUAGAAGCUAAAGCUAAGCAAGCAGCUGAGAAGGAAAAGAGAAAAACUGAAAAGGAUCUGGAGGAUGAGAAUGGUGGGGCGGGUGUAUACUCAAUGAACUUGAGAAAGAAUUACAUUUUGGCCGAUGAUGAAUGGAAAGAGGAUGUGCUGCCAGAAAUUUUGGAUGGACACAAUGUGUAUGAUUUCAUUGAUCCUGAUAUUCUGCAUAGGGUUGAAGAGUUGGAAAGAGAAGAAGGGAUGAGACAGGAAGAAGCUGAGGAUGGUGAUUUUGAGAUUGAUGGAACUGAAUUGACGCCCGAGCAGCAAGCAGCUUUAGCUGAGAUUAGGAAAAAGAAAAGCUUGCUCAUCCAGCAGCAUAGGAUCAAAAAGAGCAAUGCAGAGAAUCGGCCAACUGUUCCAAGGAAGUUUGAUAAGGACAAGCAGUUCACCUCAGAAAGAAUGGGAAGGCAAUUGUCAUCUUUGGGGCUUGAUCCCACUUUGGCAAUUAAGAGAAUGCGCAGCAGAUCUGCUUCUAGAGGUCGGAAAAGGGAAAGAUCGCCUGAAAUGAGAAGUGCUGAUGGUAUGGAUAUUGAUGGUGAUACACCUAGCAAAAAACAGCGUCUGAGUAGAUCACUGUCACGGUCCAGGUCAGUGUCACGCCCACCACAUGAAGUUGUGCCUGGAGAAGGUUACAAGGAUUCUGCUCAAAAGGUCAAGGCAAUUAAACUUGCAAAGAAAUCUGUCAAGAAGAGAAACAAGGAUGCCCGUCGUGGAGAAGCUGAUAGAGUCAUACCUAAUCUGAAGCCCAAGCACUUGUUUUCUGGGAAGCGUUCCAAUGGAAAAACUGAGAGACGCUAGGACAGGGGAUGCUGUUUUCUUCAUUUUAGAGACACCUGUUGGCAUUUUUCGUGGCUGCCAAAAUUUUGUUAUUUCAUAUUAGUGUUUUGUGUUGGAGUUUAAGGUGCUGUGUUGGCAACAUAGUUUACUUAUACAUCUCUGCCUUUUAUUAUUAUUGUUAUCAAACUUGUCAUUCUUUAAGUUGCAAUGUUACAGUUUCCUUUGUUGGUAUUUACUUAUUUAGUUCAAUGUCGGAGACCUCUAUGAAUCAAGGAAGCUGCUGUUUUGAAUUUUAUGAGUCACAACAUUGACUGUUGUUAUUGGAACUUGGAAGUUAGUUCCUUCCUUCUAGUUUGAUUGCUCUUUAAUCUCAACUUCCACAUGUGGGUGAUUUUGUUCUAGUAUUGCUCAAACUGGUUUAAAUAUUGUAUGCAAUAUACAAUAAAAGGCUCACGAGAUAGGAUAGCAGCACCCUAUUGGUUCAUCGGAGGGGGGAUACACUGUGUUGGAGGGCCUUUAUUGUAUGUAAUGUAAGGAUAAUAUGCUCAAUGAAGAACCACAUUUGAUCUA